AUAGCUUUGUUUAACAAUGUAUUGGAAGAAAUUUUGAAUGCAUGGUUUCACCGUCGUGAAUUGUUUUGAAAAGAUCAAACCGGAAAUCGUGGCCCACUCAAUAUAGCUUUGGGCUCCGUGAUAACGUUUGCUUCCCGUCGCCAUGGCAAGCCGAAAAAGUCAGCCAAACCGAGACAAUGGGGACAAAUACUCAAUACUGUUACCAACCUACAACGAAAGAGAAAACCUCCCUCUGAUUGUGUGGCUUUUGGUUAAAUAUUUCGGGGAAAGUGGCUAUAACUACGAGAUAAUCGUCAUAGACGAUGGGAGCCCAGAUGGGACACUUGAGGUCGCAGAGCAAUUACAGAAAAUUUAUGGAGAGGACAAAAUACUUCUACGACCACGGGCAAAAAAAUUAGGCCUUGGCACCGCCUACAUCCACGGCAUGAAACAUGCAACUGGAAACUUCAUCAUCAUAAUGGAUGCAGAUCUGUCGCAUCACCCCAAGUUUAUCCCUGAAUUUAUAGAAAAGCAGAAGGAGGGUAAUUACGACCUUGUGUCUGGAACUCGUUACCAGGGUAACGGAGGCGUUUACGGCUGGGACCUGCGCAGGAAACUCAUCAGCCGUGGGGCUAACUUUUUGACUCAAGUGUUACUGAGGCCUGGGGCCUCGGAUCUCACCGGCAGCUUCAGGUUGUACAAAAAAAAGGUUUUGGAGAGUCUCAUGGAGCGAUGUGUUUCCAAAGGGUACGUUUUUCAGAUGGAGAUGAUCGUCCGAGCCAGACAGCUCAACUACACCAUUGGAGAGGUACCCAUUUCAUUUGUGGAUCGAGUUUAUGGAGAAUCCAAGCUGGGGGGGAAUGAGAUUGUGUCAUUUGUGAAAGGACUGCUCACAUUGUUCGCUACAACGUGAUCGACAACGUUCUCCAGCUGGAAAUCCCACCGUUUUCUGGAGGUUUUGUGAGGCUUUGCGUGUCUGUCGCCGACACAGAAGCUACACCACAAACAACAAAUGACGAUGAAAGCAACUGUCCCCGUUAGAAGUAAAAUUAUGUAAAAUGCUUCACACUCAUUAGCUUCUCAGAAUACUGAAUCAACUCGGUGCUUAACAUUCCGGAUAUCCUGGUUAAUCCCCAAGUCCAGUUAUCAUUCCCAGUCCAGACAUCUUACUUUGUUUUAACAAAGUUUUCAGAUGGGUGUAAAUUCACCUUCAAGCGCGGCUUGUUGUCAUUUAUAUAUAAUAAACAGUUUGUAAGGCU